UGAUGAAGAUGCCGCCCAUCGCCAUUGACCCCGUCACCGGCCGCUCCCUCUUCAGCAACUUCGGCAUGGACUUCUUCAGCAGCGGAAAGGCAAAGAUCGAAUCGCACCUCGAGGGUGACGACGGCGAAGGAGAGUACGAUGAAAAGGGCGGAAAGGGCAAAGGUCACGACCUUCACGAGAAGUUCAAGGGCGAGCUGAAGAAGUUCGAGAAGGGUCACAAGGGCGGCGGAAAGGACGAGUACGGCGAUGAUGAGUACGGGAAGGGUGGAAAGGGUGGUGGCGGAUACGAAAAGCCGAAGAAGGGAAAGGGCGGAAAAGGAGGCUACGACGAGUACGAAAAGUCCAAGGCGCCAAAAGGCAAAGGCAAGGGCGGCUAUGAAGACGAAUAUGAUGAAGGUGGCUAUGAAAAGCCGAAGAAGGGCGGAAAACCUCCUAAAGGAGGUGGCUAUGGAAAGGAGAAAGAGUACGGCGACGGCUAUGAGACCAAAGCAGCCAAAGGAAAGGGCGGAAAGGAUGGCUAUGAAAAGGAAUACGAGCCCGAGUACGAGCCGUACGAAAAGUCGAAGCCAAUGAAGGGAAAAGGAGGGAAGGGCAAAGAUCCCUACGCCGAGGAUGAGUACUACGAAGAGGAGGACGCCUAUGAAGCAAAGCCGAAGAAGGGCGGAAAACCACCGAAAGGGGGCGGCUAUGCUGAUGACGGCUACGGAGCUCCGCCCAAAGGCGGCUACGAAAAGGAACCAGCCUAUGGGCCCCCGCCCCCACCAAAGGGAGCCUAUGAAAAGGAGCCCGCCUACGGAGCUCCGCCCAAAGGAGGUUAUGAGGACGAAUACGAUGAGCCGAAGAAGAUGAAGGGCG